CACUCACACAUACACUCUCACAACUUUGUUGUGGAGGUUGCAUUAUGCAAACGUCUGUGGUUUCCCAGCCACCUGAUAUGUUCUUCAGUGCGGCUCAGAGACUUGACUCAGAAGCAGUGAGUGAAUGAGUGAGAGAGAGAGAGGGGGAAGAGAGAGAGAGGAACUUCCCCUUUUUCAAAGUCAAGGUUUUAGCCACUUAUCACUGGCAAACCAGAGAAACCUUGUCGACAAGCAGAAGGCAGAAGGCUUGUGCUGCGGCUCAUGCUGAACAUCUAUCUACCUGCGAGAGGUGGUGGCAGUCUGUUGUUCCUUCAUCCACAGGCUUAUCACUUUGGAUGAACUGAAGCUGAGCGUUGCGUGCCACGGAGAUAUACUUGUGACGCUUCCUUUCUGUGGCUUCUGCCACUGAGAAAUGUUAUCCCAUUUUAUCUUUCGCUGUGUAUUUUGCUGGUAGAAGGCAUUCUUCAGCGCGUCGCCUUUGCAAAGUUAGUCUCUCAGGGCUCUCCUUGACAAGCAGCUGUGGUCACUGAAAGGUCUAAAGACUCCUGGUUCUUUGUAAUCGCUGGCUCCAGUUGCCAUGGGUCACCUUCUGGCUACCUGGUUCCUGGUCCUUUCCCUGUGGAGCUUCACUACAAGAGGUCAGCAGCAGAAUGCCCCCCGGGUUUAUCUCAGCUUUAAAGAGCUACAGCAAUCAAACACAGCACGGCACUACAACCUCCUGCAAAACACCACCGACUACCGCAUCCUGCUAAUGGAUGAAGAUCACGACCGCAUGUACGUGGGCACCAAGGACUACAUUGUCUCCCUGGACCUGCACAACAUCAACCGGGAACCUUUAUUAAUUCACUGGUCUGUCAGUCAGCAGAGACGUGACGAGUGCAUUCUUUCUGGUAAAGAUGAGAACGGUGAGUGUGCAAACUUCAUCUGCCUCAUUGAGCCAUGGAACCGUACUCACCUGUAUGUGUGUGGGACUGGAGCUUAUCAUCCUAUUUGCACUUACAUCAACAGAGGACGCAAGGCAGAGGAUUACAUCUUCCAUCUGGAGCCAGGAAAGGUUGAAUCAGGCAAGGGCAAGUGUUCCUAUGACCCCAAGUUCAGCAGCGUGUCAUCGUUAAUUAACGGUGAGCUCUACGCGGGCGUCUACCUCGACUUCAUGGGAACGGACGCGGCCAUCUUCCGCACCAUGGGCCAUCAAACGGCCAUGAGGACUGACCAGUACAACUCCCGCUGGUUGCACGAUCCAGCGUUCAUCCGAGCCCAGUUGAUCCCAGAUAGCGGCGAAAAGAAUGACGAUAAACUUUACUUUUUCUUCCGAGAGAAGUCAAUCGACUCUGGCAACUCAGCCGUCCACUCGAGAAUAGGAAGGAUCUGCCUGAAUGAUGAUGGGGGUCACUGCUGCCUUGUCAAUAAAUGGAGCACAUUCCUCAAAGCCCGGCUCAUCUGCUCAGUACCAGGCCCUGAUGGAAUCGAAACGCACUUUGAUGAACUCCAGGACAUCUUCAUUCAACAGACCCAAGACAUAAAGAACCCGAUCAUCUACGCUGCAUUCACAGCCUCGGGAUCAGUAUUUAAAGGGUCGGCUGUGUGUGUGUACUCAAUGACCGACAUCCGUACGGUCUUCAACGGGCCCUUCGCCCACAAGGAAGGGCCGAAUUACCAGUGGAUGCCUUACACGAAGAAGAUACCGUACCCCAGGCCCGGCACCUGUCCCGGUGGCACCUUUACACCUUCAAUGAAAUCUACAAAAGAUUAUCCGGACGAAGUGAUUAACUUCAUGAGGAACCAUCCCACCAUGUACAAUGUCAUCUAUCCAGUGCACAAGCGACCUCUGGUGGUCAGGACCAACGUGGACUAUGAAUUCACCACCAUUGCCGUGGACCAGGUGGAUGCAGCAGAUGGACGAUAUGAGGUGCUUUUCCUCGGCACAGAUCGGGGGACAGUGCAGAAAGUCAUCGUGUUGCCCAAGGAUGACAUGGAAACUGAAGAACUGAUGCUUGAAGAGGUCGAGAUUUUCAAGACGCCGACACAAUUGAGGACAAUGAAGAUCUCUUCCAAAAGGCAACAGUUGUAUGUCGGCUCUGCCUUGGGCAUUACGCAGGUUACCCUUCACCGCUGCGAUGUUUACGGAGAGGCCUGUGCUGACUGCUGCCUUGCUAGAGACCCGUACUGUGCUUGGGACGGCAAUGCUUGUUCCAGAUAUUUGGCAUCGUCCAAGAGGCGAAGCCGGAGGCAAGACGUGCGGCACGGCAACCCGAUCCGGCAAUGCCGAGGCUACAACUCCAACGCUAACAGGAAAACGGUGGAGACGGAGCAGUAUGGUGUGGAAGGCAGUAGCACGUUCCUGGAGUGCCAGCCCAAAUCACCCCAGGCCAGCAUAAAGUGGGUGCUACAACGACUUGGCAGUGACCGGAAGAAAGAGAUCAAGGUAGACGAGCGGCUGGUAAGGACAGGCCAAGGUCUUCUCCUCCGAGCCCUGCAGAUGGCGGAUGGUGGAACGUACCAGUGCACGGCCACGGAGAACAACUUCAAGCACGUGCUGGCGCGGGUGCACCUCCGGGUACUGAACAACAACACGGUCAACGCCGUGCUCUCGCAGGGCGGGCUCUCGCCGGGCGUCGCCAACCUGCACGUCGGCAGCCCCGCCACCUCCAGGAGCCCGAACCCCGGAUACAAGGACUUGCUACAGCUCCUGAGCCAACCGGAGAUGGGACUCAUCAACCAGUACUGCGAGGACUAUUGGCAACGGCCGACCCACAUCCAGAAGGAAAACCUCAACAAGCAGCUGAAACCGAAGCCCAUCAGAGAAAAGAAAAAGCCCCGGAGUCGCAGAAAUUACCACACAUCCAUUCUCCAGCAAACAUGAAGCUCUGAGAGAUUAGAAUUUCUUUAAUAUAAAGUAUAACUACCCUUACAACAGACAGUAUUUAUUGUAGGCUGUAUAUAGUAUGAUAAUUCAACUUCCUUGUACUUACAACAGGCCCCAUGACAUUAUGUAUGAUAUGUAGGUACUCACAAUGGGAGCAGUAUUCUCCUGAAUUGUCCCAUAACUUUAAGGCAUUGUAAAGUAUUUUGGUUGUACCCUAUCAACUAGGUCUGUUGAUUAUUGUAGAAACAAGGGGCUGCAGAUGCUGAUUGACAAAGAAGACACAAGGUGCUGGAGAAACUCGAGUCAGUGGGGUCUGGCAGCAUCUCCGGAGAACGUGGCGUUUUGAGUCUGAAGAAGGGCCCUGGCCCGAUACGUCAACUAUCCAUGUUCUCUCAGGAUGCUGCCUGAGCCACUAAGUUACUCCAGCUCUUUGUGUCUUCUUAUGGUGAUUAUUGCUUCAUCCUGCAUUGGCUGGAAAAAAAAAGCAGGAGCCCAGAGCUCUAAGGGGCAAAUGAGUUAAUUGUAUAAAAUGGAGA